GGGAUUUCCUUGACACAAGUCAGGGCAUUGUGUUGAAAGCUUCAUGAUGAACAUGCUCUUUGGAAAUUGUGUGGGCAGCUGUGACCAGCUGGCCGGUCCACCGCCGGACUUUAUACUAUCGAUGCCGCCGCCACCGCUGCCGUCCUUCCUAAUCUCCAAGCCGGCGACGGUGGACAUCCUGGUGCCCUCCAAUGAGUCGCAGCCGUGCUUCGCCGCCUUCAUGUGCGGCCAUGGGAUGCAGCACAACGAGAGCGGGAACGCGCUGAUGGAGCUGGUCAGGAGUGAUUCCAAGAGUCUGGAGAGCGUCUGGCUGUUCGUCUCGUCCUGCAUCGGGAUCUUUGUGUUCGGCUGCUUCCUGGCCCUCAUUGUGAUGAGAUGCAGAGACAGUUCCUUCUUCUCGUACCAUGACGCCAAUAUCAAGCAGACGGCUAUUAAUGCUCUGGGCGAGGCGACCAAAUCCAAUGCCUUCACAUCCGGCGGAAUUCUGUAUCCCUGCGCCACGGCCAACAGUCGGGAUCUCCUCCAGAGCCAGCUGGUCAACGACAGCCGUCUCCUGUGGGCCACCCUAACGCCCCACGGCACCCGGCACUUCAUCAUCGAGAACUCCCAGGACGGGCACUACGAAUCGGUGGACUAUCGCGGCAAGUCGCACAGCCAGGUGUUCCGCGGCUACGAGAAGCACUCGCAGUCCUUUGUCAAGUCCUUUGACAAUAAUGGCUUUGUCGACUACGACUACGAGGAUCCCACGCCAUUGAUGGACUCCUACCACGAUGACAUGGACUCGGGCUACCAGGAGCCGCACGAGGUGACUGGCUCCCUGAAGCGGUCGGCGAUGCGAACUGUGGAGUCACUGAACGACACCCCGACCAGUGGAGGAUCGAGCUCAAACUACCACUCCAGCGCCAACCAGAUCGGCAACUCCAAGUCCAUCAGCCGCAAGACGACGCUGUCCCGUCGCAUCAGCGAUGCCUCCUCCCAGAAUGGAACCUCCAUGUAAAUGUGCUGUCAAUUGGG